AGUAUGUUUUAAACUUUCGAGCUGUUCGCUAACGUUCUUAACGUGGUCUCUCUUCCUUUUAUUUUUUGUUUAGUGUCUGUAUUCUGUCGGAUUGGAGAACUUAAAAUCCUAUAGAUAUAUUUGUAUAUGUGUACAUGUAAAAGAUUGAUAAACUAAUUAAUUUAUUUAUUCAAGGAGAACUAACGGAGUGACAAAAGAAGAAGAAGAAAAAAAUCAAAGAGAAAGACUUCUUCUUUAUCUUCUUCUACAAAACUUCAACACUGCUUCUACAUAUGUAGGUACGUGUUUUGUGUGGUAUCUUCAGCUAUUUUAUUAAAGUGAAAAAGUAGAAAUUACCGUUAGUGUUAUCUUUCUGCGGCAUUUAUCCUAAUUAAUAUCUAUAUGUACGUGUGGAUCGCAAACGACGAUUUCGAGUAACGACCGAACGUGUGGACGUGUUAAAAUCCGAUCGAGUGCGGGUGGAAUUCUUAAAAACCCAUCGCCAUUGUUUUUGUUAUAUUUUAUUUAUUUUUCGAUAAAAUAAAUUUAAAAAAAAAAGAGUUGUUCCCGAUUAUUGGAUUUUCUCUUCUGUAGAUCGCUUAUCUGGAUGCAUCCGUCACCGGGUAUUUUUGAAUUCGGAAUUUGUGUCACAUGAAUAACAAAACUACAACAACAACAACCACAAAAUACAAGAAGUGAAAUGAAAUGAAGAAGUGUUGAGUGCGAAAAGAGAACACAAAGAAAAACAUAAUAAACCAUCGUCUUCGGUCUUCGAUCUUCGGGCGUCGGUGUUGAAUGAGUGGCUUUGUAAUAAGAGAGCUCACAAUCUCGAUCACGAAAAAAGCUAAAAAGUGAAAAAUAAAAAUUAAGAUCUUGCCAAGGUAUAUAACAAAAGUAAACAUAAAAGAGAACUUAAAGAACGAAACAAAAUGAAUGAAGUGCUGACGGUUAGCAUAGCCGUUUUGUGCUGCCUGCUUAUCGCAACGCCAAUAGCUGUCAACUGCGAAGAAGACUCAUUGGCCGGCAGCUUUCUUUCCGGUCUUCUCGACACUAUAACAAGCACAGUUGAUGCCAAGGACUGUCCAGGUGUCUGUGUUCAUUCUUUGGCGGUGUUAAUAUGCGAUGAAGUUCUGCACGAUGUUCCAUGUCCUUCAGCCAGUAUGAAAUGUUGUAUUCAAAGUUCAGUAGGAAAAAAUACAACAUCAGCUAAUCAAAGCCCAUCAACAACUUCAAAACCAUCUACCACCCAAAAACCUUCAACUACCACAACUGCAACAACCCCAACAACUACAACAACCCCGAAACCAAAACCAACUCAGAAGAAAGUCCAAACAACAACGACUACAACAAAGAAACCUGUCUUAUCUAAGAAACCAAUUAAAGCUUCCGAAAAAGAUGAUAAGGAAUCCUCAAAAGCUUGCAGUGGAGUUUGUGUUGCUGAUAGAAUCGCAGAAUAUUGUGAAGCCUAUCUAACCAGCUCGGGUCUAUGUAAGACUGGAAGCAAGUGUUGUGUUUCGCUGGAUGAGUUUCCCAACGGAAAACUACCCAAGGAUAUCUACAUACCAGCAAAACACCAGGUUGGAAAUAAUAUGAUGAAUCAAACUGAAGAAGUGAAAAAGAAUCAACCAUCAAAAUCUGGAGGAUCUUCUUUGACAGCCUCUUCAUCGUCCAUCACCACAACCACCGUGAAGGCAACACCAUCAACCACCCCUGAACCGGCUCGAGUGAAGACCAACUCUCCACAAAAGCCUCAGAAAUCCACGAUGAAAAAGGUCCCCGCCACAACAACCACCACUGAAUCCACCCAAGAGGAUGAAUCAAAUGACGACGAUGAACAAAACGAAAACAAUAACAACAACAACAAUGAAAACAAUGGACAGGUCCUUAAGGAAUGCGAUGGAGAAUGCCUCAGUGGAUUGUUUUCACUUUUCUGUGAAGACAUUGACUCCGAGGCGUAUUGCCCAGGCGAAAGUAAUUGUUGUGUUACUGAUGCCAAAUCUGAGUCUCCUCCAACGACACCAGCCAAUAAACCUACUCCUGCAGCAAAAGUUCCUCCCAAACCUGCUGCGAAAGUUCCACCAAAGACCCCACUUAAAACUGCUCCACCUCAAGCGCCAUCACCAUCAUCUUCAUUGCAAUCGGCCGUGUCCGAUAUGUUGUUCUCGCAAAUUUUGAAUUACGCUGAAAACACCCUUACCGGAGGUGGGGGAGGUGGUGGUAGUAGUAGCCCCCCACAAAGACCGCCCCAGCAGCAACAACAAUAUCCACAGCAGCAGCAGAAUAAUCAGAUUCCAGCUUGUCCUGGUUAUUGUAUGUUACAGUUGAUGGAAGCGUUUUGUGAGAGACCGUCUGUGGUAAUACAACAUACAACGACUUGUGGCAAAAGUUCUAUUUGCUGUGAUAAUUCAAGAGCUGGCCCACCAAAACAAAGACCUAAUGGUGGACAACUUCAAUCACAAUCCCAAAACCAACCACCUACAGCUCCACCAUAUGUUGUUCCCAAUACACCAAGUCCAGAUCCUCGAGAAGAGUGUCCCGGAUCAUGUAUUGUGAGCCUCUUAAGUUUCACCUGUUUCAAAAAUGCUGAAAUGACAAAUCUUUUCAAAUGCAAACGCUCUGGCCAAAUGUGCUGUGCCCCGAAGAGUAAAAUUUUAGAGAAACAAGAUUUUAUGUCACGCAAUGAUACUUAUGUUCAUUACCCUCAAGCACCACCACCUAACAUAGCAUAUCCACCUCAACAACAGCCACCUGUUAAUCAAUAUCAAAAUUAUAUGCCAGCUGGACCACCUCCUCCGCCACCACCACAAAUAGCACCAUAUCAAACCCAAGUGCCGCAACACUAUCCACUGCAGUAUGGCCCGAUUCCAGCUCCUCCAAUGUCAGUUCCCCAAGCACCGCCUCCACCACCCCCUACAACAACAACAACCACAACAACGACCACCACCACAACCGUUCGGCCACCAGUCUACUCAAAGUACGUUUGCGGUGUUAAAGGUACCCGUCGAACUGGACGCAGUCUUCCACGAUUAGAUCACAAUAACUAUCGUCGCGAGAAAUAUGGACGUGCAAGACGUCAAUUGCAACAGCAAAUGCGACAUCCAGUGUACAUUAGUGAUGCCACUGCCUCGAAGACAAAUGGCAUCAUGAAGACCACAGAACGUCUGAUUCUGGGCUCGACAGUGAUCCCAAUACAAAUAAAUAAUGACAAACUGGGUGAUUUGGUUUAUGGGGACGAGUUCAUCGAGAAUAAUCUCAUUAGACAGCCAUCAGCUUCUUCGGCUUCAGUGGCGACGGCAGCGGCGACAAUGGACAUCAGUACCAUUGAGAUUCCACAACAAAGACCGGUCUAUACAAACUAUAGCAUGCGUCGUCGCGGACGCGUUGUGGGAGGUGAAGAUGGUGAUAAUGGUGAAUGGUGCUGGCAGGUUGCGUUGAUUAAUUCGCUGAAUCAAUAUUUAUGCGGAGCCGCUUUAAUUGGUACUCAAUGGGUUCUUACUGCUGCACAUUGCGUAACAAACAUUGUUCGUUCCGGUGAUGCCAUUUAUGUUCGUGUUGGAGACUAUGACCUAACGAGAAAAUACGGAAGCCCUGGAGCUCAAACUUUGAGGGUAGCCACAACUUACAUCCAUCACAAUCAUAACAGCCAAACAUUGGACAAUGAUAUUGCCCUAUUGAAACUUCAUGGCCAAGCGGAGUUAAGGGACGGUGUUUGUUUGGUUUGCUUACCUGCAAGAGGUGUUAAUCAUGCAGCUGGUAAACGUUGUACUGUAACUGGUUACGGCUACAUGGGUGAAUCUGGUCCUAUUCCAUUGAGAGUUCGUGAAGCUGAAAUACCCAUAGUAAGUGAUACCGAAUGUAUUCGUAAGGUCAACGCUGUGACGGAGAAGAUCUUCAUUUUGCCAGCAUCAAGCUUCUGUGCUGGUGGAGAAGAAGGAAACGAUGCUUGUCAGGGUGACGGAGGAGGUCCUUUAGUCUGUCAGGACGAUGGAUUCUAUGAAUUAGCUGGUUUAGUGUCAUGGGGCUUCGGUUGUGGACGACAAGAUGUGCCCGGUGUCUAUGUUAAGGUGUCAUCAUUUAUCGGUUGGAUAAAUCAAAUUAUAAGCGUAAAUAAUUUAUAGUUUUAAGUUAAUUCCAUACACAUGCGUAAACAAUUUGGACUCUUCUUAAAACAAUAAUAAUGUAUGUUUCAAUUACUCGAAUAUAAGACCAUAAAUUAUAAAAUUUUAAAAUUAACAACAAAUUUUAGGGUAUAUAAUUUAUUAAGUUUCAAAAUUUCUAUACCAGUGUUUAGAUAUUAUUAUCUUCUCUGUUAAAAGAGGAAUUCAAAAAUAUAAAGAAAUAAAAGAAAAAGUGACUAGAUUUAGAAAAAAAUAGGAAAUUUUAUGGGUUAGGUUGAGUUUACAAUGAAAUGACUUAUUAAU